AUGGGCGACUUCACCAACAACCAAGAAUUUUACUGGAAUAACCAGGCAGAAGUGCCCCUUCAACAACAAGGAUUUUAUCAACAAGAUUACCAACAGUUUUCAGAGCAGCAAUUAGAAUUUAAAUCCCAAGAGGAAUAUGCCAAUCAAACAUAUGCACAGUCACAAUAUCCAGCAAGUUUCUACAACCCCAACGACUAUGAGUUCUCAACCAAGGAAGCCGAAGAAGAUUUAGAAGAACCUCCUCUAUUGGAAGAGCUGGAAAUUUAUCCUGAUCGGAUUUUGGAAAAAGUUUUAGCUGUCCUAAACCCUUUGAGGGGACACAGUUUGGCUGACGAUUCUGAAUACCUUACAAAAGACCCUGAUUUAGCUGGACCAAUAUUCUUUUGCUUGGCUUUAGCUAUGCUGUUGCUCUUGGCAGGAAAAUCUCAAUCUUUCGGCUAUAUUUAUGGAUUUUCAAUGAUUUCGUGCAUACUUACUUAUUUUUUAUUAUCGUUGAUGACCACUGCAGAUAAAGCGUUUACUCUAAGCACUGUCGCUUCAAUUUUGGGUUAUUGUUUAAUUCCCAUAGUGGCACUAUCAUUUUUAGGAGUUUUCUUUAGACUUAGUGGACCCGCGGGUAUAGUGUUAGCUGGUUUGGCUGUAUUUUGGGCUAGUUUUUCUGCUUCGAGGCUGUUUGUGGCUGUAUCGGGAGAUAAACAACAACAGCCUCUGAUUAUGUAUCCAUCAGCUUUAGUUUAUGCUGUAUUUGUUUUGCUGGUUUUAUUUUAA